AUAGAGAUGCACACCCCCGAAGGAUACUCUAGGCCACCUCUACUAACCCUUAUUCUUAUACACCUAAUAAUAUUUAAGUUAUUUUAGAAAGGCUCAGCUCUCAUUUUAACGAAAGCGACGACGAUUUCCGGUGGCCAUGGGAAACAUAAGGUCCAAGCCCGUACCCGAGGUUACUUCGGACGGCAAGCUAGGAACGGACAUCUUAGCUCACAAGCGCCUCUCUAUUGCCCAGCGGGAAAGCACUCGCAAAAGACUGGCUCGCAUCGAAUGUCUUCCAGCUCCAAUCGGCGGAAAUAGGUCUCAAGCAGUUGCUUUCCAGUAUCCAUCCGACCAUACAUUUGACUACGAUGAGGCAAUCCUGGGCGUGAACCCUAGAAAGGUCACUCUAGGUGCUCAUGUUCAGAACGGUGGAGCUUUCAGCGGAGUUGUGAGAGUGGUAUCACUGUUCCUAGGACGUACAGGUGAAUGGUGGCAAACCACUGGAUCCGGUGUCAUUAUCGAUGAUUAUCAUGUCAUGACCGUGGGCCACAAUAUCUGGUCUCUGGAAGGCGGGCUUGCCUUGUGCAUUUCUAUUCAUCGAGAUGAACGUGCCGGUCCUGAACACUUAUACAAGCGCUACGUUGAUGCUGGAGCCGUCCAUUACCAGUGGGCUCAAGCAUGUUUCGAGGCGAAAGAGUCUACAUUCAUGAGGAAGUCUUCAUGGGAGAAUGAUCUCGCUGUUCUUCGCGUCUCGAAACGCUUCCAUGAAGGGUGCCAGCGGAUGGAGUACCGGCAGACGCCAAUUGGUACUACUGAUGUCGGGAUAUACGGUUUCCCUGGGGAUAUGCCUAUUGUUGAGGGAGUAUGGCAAGCCAGCCUUUGCAUCAGCCCAAGUAAGGUCACAUACGCGCCUAGUACCAGCACCAUGCUCGACCAUGAUGGAGAUACAGAAGGAGGUAACUCCGGCGGCCCUGUCGUUGAUUGUUUUGGAAAUGUCAUUGCUUUACAUCGAGGAUUCGAUAAAGUGGAUAGGGCUCGUAUCAAUAAAGCAGUUGCCCUCCUAGUUAAUGGUAACGAUCCCGAAAAGCUCAUGCAAACUAUUGAUGUCUUUUCUGGGGAAAAAUCAAUCGAAGACUUCCAGGUCAGAGAGGUCAAUAAAUUCACCAUUGGAAAGUGCACCGCGGCUUAUUUUGGCUGGGAUUGAAUAUGAAAGCUAAGGUGACAAUAAGGUAGCUUUUCCUUUGUCGUUUCUGUUUGGGAAUGGUAGGAUAGGGUGAGCAAUCACGGAGUAAAAAGAACGGGAGUUCAAGUUCAAGGAAAUGGUUAGGCAGGUAGAACUUUAGGCAAGUCAGGCAUGACAUUAUGAGGUAAACAUGGGAACCAUAUUGACAUUACUUAGUAUUAGUUUCGAUUCUAGCCUCGACAUUUUCGUUAACAAAAUUAAUUUAUAACCUAAAAGUUUCGAUCCGUAUAAGUAGU